GCUCAACAACCAAAUUUCACAAAUUUAGCUCAGGCAAUUCAAGCAGUCGCACAAGAAUUUGCUUUGUUUUCAAACUUGCCGAGCAUGAAUUUCGAGAGUCGGUUUCGAAAACUUCAACAAGAUCUUGAAACCUAUAUUACCAAUAAUUCGAAUCGAAAUUUUAAUAAUAUGAUGGCAAUAAUCCGAAAUUCGGAUGCACGAUCUCUUGCACGAACCUUUAAUUCUCGAAUCUAUGAUCCAAAUGUUAAUCUCGAACCUAUUCCGGAUCUAAAUGGAGAGGUUCCGCCAACAUUUCCUGAGAAUGUAGCAGCUCUUAGAGCACUCACGGGUCAACAACUUGACGUUCUCUUGAAUUUUUACGAUUUGCAAACAAACGGAAGUGUUGCAAAUCGCCGGGAACGAUUGGCAAGAAACUUUGGAUUAUUUUAUUAUAAAUGA